AUAUAAAGAUUUUACCAAAGAGACCUACAAGAGUUCUUAGAAACUCUCUUCAAGUUUUGUGGGAGAAAACACAUACAUUAAAAUCUGAACCAGCAGGAAUUAAAGGAUCAUCUGAAAUAACACCACUUGAUCAUGAUUUUAAAAUUAAAAAAAAAGAGCAUCAACUUGAAUUGGAAAUACAAGAAGCAUUUUUGCAUUUUAUGGCAUCUAUACUAAAAGGAUUUCGAUCAUAUCUCUUACCAAUAACAAAAGCACCUACUGUUGGAACUACUGAUCCUAGUUCGUUAUUUGAUCUUCAAGGAUUUCUUAGAAGUAGAGAUAAAGCAUAUCAUCGAUUUUUUGUCAUGAUGAUGAAAACACAAAUGUUUAUUCGUUUCAUUGAAGAGCGUUCAUUUGUAUCUGAUAAAGAUGCUUGUUUGGCAUUUUUUGAUGAAUGUACUGAAAAGGUCGAUGAAACAGGAGCAGUACGUCUUCUGGAAUUUGAAUCUCAGCAAAGUGAUAGAACAGUUUUUAUUGCACCACCUGAACCAUAUGGAUUAUUGUCUGGAAUAACUUACACAUAUCACGAAUUUGGUGUUUUAAAUCCACAGUUAUUUCAUCGACAUCCUGAAAAAACAUUGCUCAGUGUGAUUGCUCAAGAGAAUUCAACGCCUAAUAGUCCACUAGCUAGAAGAACAAAGCAAGAAAUUAAAUUAGCUCAGAAGGUGGCAAAGAAACAAGCAGAAAUACCACCAAUGUGGGCAAAGUGCCUUGUGGGAUAUUGUUACAGUUUAUGGUUUAUUCAUUUGCCUGCCUUCACUAAAACAUCCUCUUCAAAAUCAAAAGCAUUGAGAACUGCUUAUGAUAUUUUAGUAAAACUGCAGUCCUUAAAAUUACAUCCACCUGAUGAAGUAUGUUAUCGAGUGCUAAUGCUUUUAUGUGGCCUGUAUAGUCAGCCUGUGCUAGCAGUUAGAGUUCUGUUUGAAAUGAAACGCAAUGGAGUACAACCUAAUGCUAUUACUUACGGAUAUUACAAUAAGGCAGUUUUAGAGAGUACAUGGCCAUCAGCUGAUUCCAGUGCUACCUUAAUGUGGAAUAAAUUAAGGAAUGUUGUUCUUGGAGUAGCACAGUUUCGUCAAGGAGUGAAAAAGAAAGCUCGUAGAUCAUUGUCUCUUUGUUCGGAAUUAGAUUAUGAUCGUAUCAGUAGAACUAGCACCGAAAGUAGUAAUCCAGAAGAAAUUGCGAUGAUAAAAAUUCAUCCAACUGAAUUUGUUUAUGACUUGAUAAAAGUGGAUGAUCAAAGUUCAGGAGGUCAGUCUGAUGGAGGAUAUAGUUCCAUGAAUCCUGAAGAAGCACAGAAGAUUGCUUCCCAUUUGGCAGCUGCACAAUCAUCAGAAUUUCAAGCAGUGAAUGGAAAAAUUCACUGUAAAGAUGAUGAUAAAGUGAAUAAAGAAUGCAAUGCAGCUAAAAGUUUAAAAUUUGAAGAAUUAGAUUUUUCUGCUUCGGAUGCAUUUAGAAGUAGAGUUGGAAGCAUUGUUCGAAGUUCAGCUAGUAGUUUAAGUAAUUUAUCAAAAUUACAUGAUACAAUUGUUGAUAGUUCAGCUGGAGUUUUAAUGACAAGUCAUGCUACAUUAAUUGAAGAUUCCAUGUUUGAAGAAGGCCAAAAUGUUCAAAGUGAACGUCUUCGCAAAAGGCAUAAGAGUGAUCCUAAUUAUAGGGCAGGUAGAGCAUAUAGACUUCGACACUGCAGUUGUUCAUUAAUGCAAGGAAUUGGUGAAGGUGAACAUCCAAGACAGUUUUUUCGAUCAAACAGUUUUGGAAAUGAUGUACAAAUUAUUAGGAAAAUUAGGAAUGGAACUGAAGUAAAUUGUGAACUUCAAGAUUCUGUUGGUAAAUUAGACGAUAAAUGUAUGAAUAAAGUCGAUGGGUUAAGGAAACAAGAUGAGCUUACAAUAAACACUGGUGCUUUUGGACUUAGUCGAUGUGAUGAAGAAUGUGAGGAAGAAUUAGAAGCAGAAAAUUCAAAUUUAUCAUCAUAUACAGUUUUACCAAGACCAAAAUCUCCGAAUAUUCCUAUCAAAAGAAGAAAUAGUACAUCUGAUUUUAAAAAGCCAGAUGAUUCAUUAGGAAUGUUAAAUAGUAAUGAUAUUUGUUAUGGCAAUUAUUCUCUUAAUAACAUUGAAGAAAGUAUUCCUAGAGAGAGAGAUUUUUUCUCGACAACUUUGAGUCCAUUAAAAGAAGCUUGGUUCAAUUGGGAUUUUUUUGCAGGCGGUAACUUACCAAAAAUGGCAUCGAGUUUAACUUAUAGUUUAGGCUUAGCUAAUAGUGCAAAUGGUGAAGUCAAGGGAAUGUCACCUCUAAAAAAUUCUAAAGUGACACGCAGCUCAACAUUCCAUGGUGCCUCAGAUAACAUAGGAGCAAGACCAGUUUUUUCUAAGAUUGAUAAAACAGAUGAUUUGUUGGAUUUAGAAUAUUCAAAAAAACCUUUAUCAAGGUCAUCUACACUUCCUGUCACACAAAAAACUCAAAAUAGUCCAAAAGUAAUAGGAGGAAGAAAUUCAUAUUCAGGUGGUACACCUUCUGGAUUAUCUCGUUUUACUUCAAGGCAUUCAGAAAUACUAUUUGAUAGUCUUAAAUCAGCUGCUAGUUCUGUGGCUAAUAAAUUCAGUGAAUUCCGACAAUCAUUGUCUGCUUCCAAUACACCUACAAAAGGUGUAUAUAAUUCAUUACCAAAACCAUAUGAAAUGGAGAAGCUUUUAUUAUAUGACGACGACGAUCAGUCGUGUUCUCUAUCUGAAAACAGACGUGCAAGUGUAGAUUAUGUCAGUCGUGCAAGUAGGAGUGACGACGUGUUCAGUAGUCCUAAAUCUGAAUAUUUCAGAGAUACUUUAUGGAGUAAAGGAGAUAGUAAUAUACAUCAUGUUGGAAGUGCACCAGCAUAUUCAUCUCAAGUUUUUGAAAUGAUGGAAAGCCAUUAUGAAAGUUCCUCAGAAAAAAUAUCUUCCGUGAAAGUUGCUCUCGACAUAACAAUGACAUCUUGUUCUCGAUGUUACACGUGUUAUUCUAUUCUCUACGACGAAGAAAUUAUGGAAGGAUGGUCUGCAGACGAUUCAAAUCUAAAUACACAAUGUGCUUUUUGUAAAGCAAAACUAGUUCCUCUUCUGACUAUAAUUAUUAGGGAUUUACGUAAUGAAGGUUCAAGUGAAUCUUUGUUAAGUCCUGCUCAUUCGGCUGAAAAUAUUCUUAAUAAUCAGUUAGAUUCAGCACCCAUAAAUGAAUCAAAUAAAAGAAAGUCUAGUUUACCACAAAAUAAAAUUCCAUUGGGUGAAACGGAUUUUAAUAGAAACAAUAGCAUUGAUUCGUGUAAUGAAGCUUUUCUGUUAUUUGAAGAAAGUCCCGAAAGUAGAAGUCCUGCCAGUGAUUCUCAUAGUGGAACUCCGCUGGGAAGUCCGACAAAGCAAAUUUCUGAAAAUUAUUCAUCUCGUGUACCUCAUUCUCUUCCUCAAGACGUCAAACCUAUGCGACCUUCUGGUGCCGAUUUAAUAAAAUUAGAUAGUCCUGAUGCAGCAUUGCCACUUUUUAAUCCUAAUAGUAUCGGUUCUAUAGAUAAUCAACAUUCAAGCAAUUCUGUCAGUAUUGUUAAAAAAGCAGAAAGUUGGAAUUCUUCUACUCAGAAUUUUCUUGGAAAUCCCGUAGAAGAUACCGAACUUCCAGCAUCGCUUCCUUCAAGUAUUAAAUCUACAUCUCGUUUGUUGAAACCACUCUCGGCUACAUCUUCAGGAGCCGAUUUAAGACGUUUAGGUAUAAGUGAUAUUCAAGCAUUGGAACCUAUAACAGUUCCAUAUUUAAGUCCACUUGUAUUGAGGAAAGAAAUGGAAAAUAUUUUAGAGCAUGAAGGUGAUAAUUGUCUUACAAAAUCAGAAUUUGUAGAUCAACAUCCAAUUAUAUAUUGGAACUUGGUUUGGUUUUUUAAGAGAAUCAAUGUACCAAGUCAUUUACCAAACUUAUGUCUUGAAGCUUCUUCUAUUACAAAAAAUAAACAGAUGACUGAAAGAAACAAUGAUUUUAAAAAUGUCAUUAUUCGUUGUCUCUGGGACAAUGUGAAGUGGCACGAAGACAUAGGUCAGCCAAUGUAUUUGCUUUGGACUCAGAAUACACAAGAAUCAUCCUUAGUUCAUGCACUUGUUACAGAUGAAAGGCAAGCCUCCAAAAGUGUAAUGAAACAAAUUCUAGCAAGAAUUCAAAAUGAUGAUCUAAUAUCACCAAUUAAUUUAAUUAUCAAUCAAAGAAGAAAAUGCCAUUUAGGUAAAGGAAGACAUCAUAGCAUCUACAGAGAAUUGUUAUAUUUAUCUCUUGUAGCAUUAGGAAGAGAAAAUAUUGAUAUAGUUUGCUUCGAUCGAGAAUACAACAGGGCAUUUGGAAAACUUACGGAGAAGCAAAUUUCUCUGCUGCACAGAAACGACAGGCCUCUGUCUCCGGGUGCGAGUUUCUGCCGCCAUUAUUUCAGAGAACUUGAACUGAUAACCGCUUAAAUCUUUCUCGUUAUUUAAAAUAAAAUUGAUCGUCCGAUCUACGCAAGCUUUUAAGGUCCGGCCUCGACGUUUUUCUAAUCAUUUGGUGAAACGAGUAUAGUUUUUAAAAAUCGUCGAAUGGAAAAUUAAUUGGACAUUUUACAUUGAUUUUAAGUAGUAUUUUAUAUUUAAAAAAAUUACGCUCAAAUUUACAUAUAUAUAAAUCUUUUACUCUUAGU